AUGAGUGCAAUGGCUGGCUCCAGAGCCUACCACGCGCGAAACUCUGCCUUCUCUUCUGGAGCUGACAGUCCUUCUUCAUCUCAAUCUUCCGGUGCAAUUCAUCUUAGUACACUUGCAGCUCCCAAUCUCUCGCCUUACGAGCGAAAAUUGCGAAGAAAUCAUCGAUCCUUGGACCCCUUUCAUGUGCCAUCUAGAACUCACUUUACAUCUCACCAUCAAUCUCUUCACAGCAUCUCUAGCCGCCCACCUACCCCAAGCUCAUCUGAUCCUGAGUCUAACUCUAAGCUUAUUCGAGUCUCCAAGCGCAUACUAAAAGAAAGAAAUACCAGCUACUUGCCCACACCACCCGAUACUGACGAUGAGGAAAUAGACAAGAGAGCGUCUCUACAAGCAUCGAGGAUAGAACAUAGUCCAACUUCUUCUGAUGGCAAUGGAUAUCCGUUUCCUCUUCAGCCAUCACACCUUCCACCUACACAGCAGGUUCCACUUCCUAAGACACCAUCCAGGCGAUGCUUCAGCGCUGGCGUAGCUCGCUCUCCGAAGUCACCUUUUCCAGAUCGCUUCAUAUCAAAUCGCUCAACCCCUACAUCUCCCCAGACUCCGACCGAGACUUUCCACGUCAGCAAGGCUCCUCGAGAUCUACUACCGGACGAAAAGCUCUUGCGCCACGGUUCAGCCACACCAGACCCCUUUGGACCUUUGAAAGUAUCCCGAGUCAGAAAUGAGCGUGGUCAUAAACCGAGAGGUCACGCAACGUCAGCCCGAUUGUCCUCUCGAACGAUUGGAGGCACCAUUGUUGAUGAAGUUUCUCCUGGACAGGUGUCGGGACAGAGCAGAGCUGCCAGCCUUGGAAAUAUCUGGAGCGCAGGGAAUGCUUCACGUUCCAUCAUUCCUGGCCCCACCAGGGGCGUAUCAAACGGAAGGGGAGGUUUCAUUAGCAGUGGAUCCAAUGCACCGAUGUACGAGUCACACUUUCUAGACAACUUAGACACCGAUCAAGGCGUUGAUUACAUGGAGCGGAGACUUGCCGCAGCGAUGAAUAUUGAUCGAACAAGCAGGGUUUUGGAAAACACAAGAGCCUACCUACCCCCACGAGUCGUGAGUACUGGAUCUAUAGAAGUCAAACGGAAGAGGCUCUAUCUGGAACAAGAAGCAGUCCGGAAAGAAGAUCCUUGGGAGCAAACAUGUUCUGCCUCCCUUUUAGAUGCUCCUGGAUUGCGAGACGACUACUACUGCACAUUGCUCUCUUAUGACCGUGUUUCACGCACCCUUGCUGUGGGUCUGGACAAUCGCGUUUAUCUUUGGUCUGAGGAGUACGGGGUGAGAUACCCCUUUGUCGAGGACGAUCAAUCAGAAACCACAUUCAUCACCUCUGUGUCAUUCUCUUCCGAAGAGGGCGGGUAUAGUAUUCUCGCAGUCGGUCGCAAUACUGGACACCUCAGUCUGUGGAGCCUUGCAGACCCAGAGAAAAUUCGCUUCACAUCUCAACAACCAAAUGCCAUCGCUUGUAUUUCCUUCAAGCCAGUCACUUCCCUUCGACCAUCUGAAAGAUUCGGCUCCACAGUGCCUACUGAAGAGCUUCUAGUAGGCGAUGAGAUUGGUCAAAUCUAUUAUUACUCGAUUGAAUGGAUGUCCCAGCGACAAGUCGACAUUCACGGGUGGAAUGGUCACAUGAAACUCCUCGCAAAGAUCGAAGUUCACACCCAACAAAUCUGUGGCCUUGCCUGGUCUUCAACUGGCGAAUUCUUUGCCACUGGCGCCAACGAUAACACCUGCAAUCUCUUCGACACCAAAGACCUCCUCAAAGACCCCACCCAAACCUCAAAUCCUGACUCGGCGCCUAAGGGCCCCUUUCAGUCUUUCUUUGACACCCUAGCUCUGCCACAUUUUAUCUCUCGCACAACAACAACAACAACCAUACCUUCUCUCGACGUCAAUUCCCCUUCAAUCUCCAGGGCGGCAAGCAACCCCUUCUCCGACCCUUUUCCCUCCUUCCCUGCCUUCAUUCGGCACUCUACAACCAUAAUUCCUGGCCAAGAUGGUUCCCUCCUCAUAAGCGAAGGUUGCCAAAAACACAAAUGGCAGCACUCCGCGGCUGUGAAAGCAAUAGCAAUCUGUCCCUGGCAGCGCGGGCUCAUCGCCACAGGCGGCGGAAGCAACGACCGCGCUAUCCAUUUCUACCACGUCUACUCAGGCGCCUGUCUCGCGACUAUCAAUGUGCACGCGCAGGUCACAAGUCUCAUCUGGAGCACCACGCGCCGAGAGAUCGCGGCCACGUUUGGGUAUCCCCAGCCGGACCAUCCGUAUAGGAUUGCGGUAUUCUCGUGGCCUGGAUGUAGGGAGGUGGUCAAGGUGCCUUGGGGGAGCGAGCUGAGAGCCUUGUUUGCGGUGGCAUUUCCGGGGAGUUGCGUCUCUGGAGAGGGAGGUAGGAGGGGUGGUGCGGGAAGAGGGAUGGGAAGGGGUGGUGGGCUUAGGAGAGAAAGCAGAGCGUUGGGCGAACGAUGGUAUGAUAGGACGAGGGAGGAAGGGUGUAUUGUUGUCGCGAGUAGUGAUGAGAGUGUGAAGUUUCAUGAGGUUUGGGCUGGGGCUAGUAGGGUGCCUGCUGAAGCUGGGGUUGGGGUGCUUGGUGGGAGUCCGAUAUUGGAGAGGCUAGAGGGAGGCGGUGGUGGUGGGAAUGAUGGGGAGUGGCUCAUUAGGUAG